GCUUAAUGGCGCCCUUGUGCUCAGAUUAGCUAUUCCCUUUCCCUCCUCCCUCCCUCCCCCCUUCCCCCCCCCACCGUCUUCCUUCCUCAAGGGAUAGAAGGAGGGGGGGCCCGAGAGGAGCAGAAAGCAGCGGGCCGCCGCCGCGGCGAGGGAAGCGCGCAGAACCGGCCUCGGGCAAAGCAAGCAGCGGCGGCAGCAGCAGCAGCAACAGCAGAAUGCGCGAGGCGCCCACACCCCGGCUAGGCUGCUCGCGCCCCUGAGGAGCGGGGCUGCACACAGCGCGUGGUCCAUGCAAGCCCCGGCGGGAGCUGCAGAGCCCAGGAGGCGCCCGCUUGGCAGAGGCGGCGGGCUUUUCUCUUUCCGAGGACGGCGGCGGCGGCGGCAGCAGCAGCAGAAUGCGCGAGGCGCCCACACCCCGGCUAGGCUGCUCGCGCCCCUGAGGAGCGGGGCUGCACACAGCGCGUGGUCCAUGCAAGCCCCGGCGGGAGCUGCAGAGCCCAGGAGGCGCCCGCUUGGCAGGAGCGGCCGAGGCGGCGGGCUUUUCUCUUUCCGAGGACGACGGCGGCAGCGGCAGCAACAGCAGCAAGAGGAGGAGGAGAAGAAGGAUUAUUCUGCAAUGACUACAGCCAGAUACAGACCUACUUGGGACUUGGUGCUUGAUCCUCUUGUGUUGUGUAAACUCUGCCUUGGGGAGUAUCCUGUGGAGCAGAUGACAACAAUAGCACAAUGCCAAUGCAUCUUCUGUACACUGUGCCUGAAACAGUAUGUGGAGCUUUUGAUCAAGGAAGGCCUUGAAACAGCAAUUAGCUGUCCUGAUGCUGCUUGCCCAAAACGAGGGCAUUUACAAGAAAAUGAAAUUGAGUGUAUGGUUGCAUCGGAAAUCAUGCAGAGAUACAAAAAACUACAAUUUGAAAGAGAAGUGCUUUUGGAUCCUUGUCGGACUUGGUGCCCAUCUUCUUCCUGCCAAGCAGUUUGCCAGCUUCAGGAAACAGGACCUCAGAGCCCCCAGUUGGUGCAAUGCAAAGUCUGUGACAUAGAGUUUUGCUCAGCAUGCAAAUCUAACUGGCAUCCAGGACAAGGAUGCCAAGAGAAUAUGCCAGUCAGCUUCCUUCCAGGGGAAACAAGCUCUGUUUAUAAAAUGGAAGAAGAUGAUGCUCCAAUCAAGCGCUGCCCGAAAUGCAAAGUUUAUAUUGAAAGGGAUGAAGGCUGUGCCCAAAUGAUGUGUAAAAAUUGUAAGCACGCCUUCUGCUGGUAUUGUCUGGAAUCACUUGAUGAUGACUUUCUCCUUAUACAUUACGACAAAGGACCUUGCCGAAACAAGUUAGGUCAUUCUAGGGCAUCGGUUAUUUGGCACAGAACACAGGUCGUGGGGAUUUUUGCAGGAUUCGGCCUGCUGUUACUCGUGGCAUCGCCCUUUCUUCUCCUCGCUACUCCGUUUGUCCUCUGCUGCAAAUGCAAGUGUAGCAAAGGAGACGAUGACCCUCUGCCUACUUAAGAGAGAAUGAAGAAGGGACCUACUCAUCAUCGCUAUCCGUUUCCUACCCCCCCUCCCCCUUUUGCACUUAAUCUUGUUAGCGUCUUGCCUUAUUCCACUUUCAGUGAGAGGUGAGGCACCAGAAUUCCAGGAACUACUGAUACCAGAGUUCCCUAUCCACCAGUCAGAUUAUGAGUAAGAGUUUAAGGACUGGCAGAAAACAAGCGGAACAUUGGAAUUGUGUGCAUCAGUGAUCUGAGUCAUUCCUUCUUCCUUGGGGGACAACAUUCUCUGGAUCUGAGUGACACUACCCAGAUGAAAAUCCUCAUAUAUCUAUUCACAUUAAACCGAGAGAGGUUCUUACCCUUGGCAUAGGUGGUUUUUGCAAACCCAUUAUCAAUUAUAAUAUGUUCAUUUUAGAUGUGACUUCCAAUAUUUGUUUAUUAAAAUCAAUUUCUUAAUAUUUGCAAUUGGAAAACGUCUAAGCAUUCUUGUCUCAUCUCCACUGCCCAUCUUCCUCACACAAAAUAAUGGCAUCCAGAUGGGUGCCCCAGGCCUUAGAUUUUCAAGACUAAAAGGUGCCAUUUCUGCCUACUAGUAUUUGAAAAUCUAUGUAAGCUAAAGAGGUGGAUAUGUCUGCAUUUUGGCUUUUUUUAAAAAUUUGCUUGAGAGUUGGGAGGGAAGAUUUCAAAGUUUUAUGGCUUGAGUUAUAUGACCCAGAACUGUUACAUAAUCAAGACUCUUUUAAACAUCAAGGUGAUAUUAAAUCCUUAAUUUAACAGAUCUCAGUUGGAGACCCCUGGUUUAGAGGACUUCAGAUUUAACAGACAAAAUCUGUUUGGGAUUUUGACAGGAAUAGGCCAUGCUGGGAGUUGACACCAUGGCAGUUGAGGAAUAGCAGGGGAGAGGAGAAAGGGAGGGGGCUGGGAUGAUUGGGGACAGGCUGGCCAAUAGGAUAUGCCACUUUGGGAGGUGCCAAGUUGAGGAAAGUAAGGAUAUGCACCCUGCCCUGAUUGCCAGCCUCGUCCAACUGUGCCUUUCGUUUCUUACCUAGAUUUGUUUCUACCUAUUGUUUAUUACCUAUUUGCUACAUGUAAAUAGAGCUGCUCUAAUCUGAUAUCCUUUUACAUAUCUCGGAAAAAAUAUUUUGUAGAAGCCAAGCGUGUUCUAAAUUUUGGGAAGGUCUGAGGCUUAUGAUUUAUCUUUCGGCAGCAGGUGUUAACCUGAAGACAUAGCAAUCACUGUCAUUUCCCACGUGGACUCUGCUUUCCAAACCAUGAAAGAAGCAGAACUGGUUUUCCUCUUUUAAGGAAUCAGGCCAUUCCACGACAGGAAACAUCACUUGUAUAUUUACCUGUAUCUUUUGUUCACCCUGAAGUUCAUCUUCCUUAGAGCUUGAGGGUUCAAGGCAUGAGUUGGAAAGGUAUAUGGAAGUGUAAAUGCCCCCCCCAUCUUUUCUAAUGUCCAGCAGGUACUGAUGAUCAGCCAGAGAGAGGGACACCUUAUGUCCUUUCAGCUCAAUUCAUUAAGCUGUGGCCUGGAUGUAGAAGGAUAAUAUGUAGAUGUUAUGGUCCCAUCUAAAUCCAGAAAGGUUCUGUUUUCUCCCUUCCAUUUUGCUUCAAUUAUUUAAAAAGUCUGCAGUGAUAAUACAUACUCUAAAAGCUGUUCAAAAAGUGUAUUUAAUUCAUUUAAAAAAAAACUUUCUAUUUUGUGACGUACAGUAUUGUGACAGCAAACAUCGUUUUUAAAUAUCCCUCUUUCCUUAUAUUUUGACUAAUAUUCUCUUCAUAUUCUGAAGGACCAUAAAAUGGACAUCUGGCUACAGUUGAAAACUCACCAUUGGCUAUUUUGUUUUGAGUGAAAACUAUAAAGUGUCCUGUAGAUGUUAAAUUGGGAGAAAGUAUUAGCUCAAAAUGUUCUAUAAUCAACUGAGACCCAGAAAUGAAAAAAAAAAAAUCUUACAUGUAUAUGUAAGCCAAUUGAAAGAGAAAAUAUUUUGUGGCAUAAUAAGGACAUAACCAUUGGGCUGAGAGUUUGUACUUGUUAUCUAAUGCAAAUCUGACCACUUCUGUUCUCCUGUAACAGAAAAUUAAUCCAUUGGUUGCAUUGCUUUAAUAUUUUCUCUCUUUUUUUGCUAGUAACAAAAAUGAAAUAACUUCUCCUAGUUUUCCCAUUUAUCAAGUUUUAGAUGAUUAGUAGAGGUAAGGAGUGACGUUUGUCUCUGACACCAGUGGAAAAACCUAGCCACAACUGGCAUCCAAGAUACAGCAAUCCUUUUAAAAUGGUAGUGGGGAUUGGCGAGAUGGAAUAUUCUUAUUGUGAUCCUAACUGGAAUCUUUGCAUAUUUUUGCAAUUUUUGACAUUCAGCAUAAAUUAAAAAAAGAAUUAUUUUAGGCAACCUAAGCAAACCAAGGAGUGGUAGGUAUCCAUUUCCACCUGCAGUGAGGCCAAACGAUGGAAUGUGUGUCAGGAUAUCACAAGCACAAGUUCAUAAAGGCAAUUGCAACUAACUUUUCAGCAAGUAGCCUGAUGCCUAUGUAAAGAAACAAAAGGCAUUCACAGUAGCUCCUCUUUAAAUCAUUUUGCAGGAAUGCCAGGGCCCUCCAAAGGUGAAGCAUGAGCAAAUUUAAGAGCCAUUGUAAAUUUGUGCAUAUGCAAAAUACCCCGCAACCUAGUUUUUACAAAGGGUUUUGUCCUAGGAAAACAGAGUGUAAUGGAAAUAGUGGCAUCAAGGGAUUUUUAGCCAUCAUGCUUGCUAAUGCACUUCUGCAAAUGACAAAACUCAUCUUUUGUGUCUAAAGUCCCCUGCUGGUUCCUGCUUUGUUAGACAUGUAAUCCUGUCUUAUCGGAGUCCAAAAAUAUUAGGUCCAGGUAUGUGCCAUACAGUUGAAUCAUCCCUGCUCAUUGAACCAUGAUUUUUUUUAACCUUGUAUAGAGAAGCAUGGAAGAGUCCUGCAUAUUGAUAAAUGAUGUUGACUUACAGUAAAAGAAAUACAUUUUGUUCCUGUAUUUGAAAUGUAACUACAUUUUGUGCCACUAACACUGUGAUGUAUAAAAGAGCUGUUGAAUGCCUUUGAAUGUUGUUUUGUACUUUGGAAUCAUAUCAAAGAGUUUUAUUUGUAAUUUCAAUAGAUAUUUUAAAUGAAA